GAAGCUUCACCGAUUUCCAUCGGCUGCUGUUGUGAAGUUAUCCUGACAUUUCUGGGAGGAGAUCCAGAAACAAAAACGAAGAAAACGGAGAGAGAGGGAGAGGGAGGAAGAGAAGAUCAGAAAGGGAAAACAAGGUGAGGAGAAGCCCUCUCCUCAGCCUCACAUUUUGUGUGUUUGAAUCCUGCCUGGAAAAUAUAUUAGCCUUUCUCUGGAGACAAAGGCGCUCCACUCCACUGAGGAGGACGGGACCGAUGGGAAGGAUCAUGAAACUUUAAAAGGGAAACAGAAGCAAGCGCUGGGCAGCAGCAGCUCGGACUGAAGCGAAAUGUGUUUCUGUGUGUCUGCUCCUGAGAAACGGCAGAGCAGCGGAUAGAUGGAGAGAAGGAAACAUCCCAUGGGAAAUUCUCUUUCACCGCACCCGUCUUGGUAAAGAAAGUUGGGGGGCGAAGGGGGGGGGGAGCCAUAACCGGACGUUCCCUGGAGUCUUGUUUUGUAGAAGGAAAAACUGCAGAGCUGCUUGCAGCAGAUCUACAUGGGCAAUUUCUCGGUCUAAAGAAAGACUUGUUCUUGGGGGAAAAACACUUCUGGAAGGGAAACUUUACUAAAGGUCUAUCCCACAAUGAACUGGACACCAGUUGUAAGCUUAAUUGUGUUGUGGGCCGCAUGGCUAGUGUGUGGUUCUCAAAAGCCCUUGAGGCAAGCAGACAGAAGAAGCCACGGAGUCAGGAAAGUGCCUCUGGCCUACAGGGGUGACAGCAGAUCAGCCUCACAGCCCAAGAGAACAAAGGUGUCUCAUAGAGUGGUGAGGUUCAACCAGCGCCCCCUUGUCAAGAGAGACUCUUUGGAGUCCAAAAUCCCGCAAGCAACUCCUCUGGUAGAUGAUGCUCGUGUCCAGGUGAAGAAUGGUGGGGCUAGAGUAUGGCAGAUGCAGAGACCUCAGCCAGAAAUGAUUAAGGAUGAAGGCGCAUCAACAGUGCAUCGUUCACGCACGGUGCGUUUCCCAUCUGGGUCCAGCUCUCCCAAUAUUCUAGCCAGCUUUGCUGGAAAGAACAGAGUCUGGAUCAUCUCUGCUCCUCAUGCCUCUGAUGGUUAUUACCGGCUCAUGAUGAGUCUCUUGAAAAAUGAUGUCUAUUGUGAACUGGCUGAAAGGCAUGUCCAGCAGAUUAUCUUGUUCCAUGAGGAAGGUGGAGAGGGAGGGAAAGUCAGAAAGAUAACCACUGAAGGGAAAAUUCUGGAGCAGCCCCUAGAUCCAAGCUUGAUUCCUAAGCUCAUGAACUUCCUGAAGCUAGAGAAGGGAAAAUUUGGCAUGGCUCUUCUGAAGAAAACAUUACAAGUAGAGGAAAGAUACCCUUACCCAGUAAGGCUGGAGGCUAUAUAUGAAAUCAUUGACCAGAGCCCAAUCAGGAAAAUUGAGAAAAUAAGGCAAAAGGGUUUCAUCCAGAAAUGUAAAGCAGCUGGAGUGGAGGGCCAAGUGGUUGAAGAAGGUAACAAUGGUGGUAGCAACACAAGGACAACACCAAGCAGUGGACAUAUCCAAUCUUCAGCAAGGAAAGAAGAUGCAAGAAAAAGUCUUCAGCCAACAAAAUCGAAAACUGUGAAGAAAGUUUUAAAAACCACAGUGCCUCCCCCUCCUCCCACCACUAGAGCUACUGCCCCCCCUCCCACAACCAUAACCUCAAGACCAGUCAGCAGAAUAGUGACAACAGCUAGCAGGCUUACAGCCACCACAACUCUUCCUACUACACAGCGAACCUGGACCACAAAAUCACAUACAUUGCUUCCCACAGCACCUGAGGCAACCACCCCCCGGGUAACAGAUACAGAGGAUUUCUACUCUCCUUUGUGGAAAGAGAACCGCAGAGAAAGACAUCAGGGCCAACACACUCACAGACAAACAACAGCUACUAAGAGACCCAGCAAAGCCACUCUUUAUGAUACCCACACAGAGACCCCAACAGACCCCUCUGAACACUACACGAGGGCCAGUGCUAGCAGAUACAGAGACAAUCGUACAGACAGGAAGGACUAUAACAGUCGGGACCUCAGUAUCACAGGUGGCCAACUCAAGCCACCUAAAAGCAAGCCACCUAAAAAGAAAGCUCAAGACAAAAUCAUGAGCAAUGAAUAUGAAGAUAAAUAUGACCCAGGGCAGCCUUCGGUCCCCCGUUUAGAGGAAGACGUUCUAGUGGGAAAUACACCGCCAAAGAAAGGAAAGGAUCUAAAGAAACAUGAGCGCUUAGAUAAAUCUGAAAAGAAGAAGAAAGAAAGAGCUGACAAGAAAAGCGAGAAACAGGCCAAGAAGGACAAAGCUGAUAAAAAGAAUAAACAAGAGAAAGAACGCAACAAGAAGAAUAAGAAGGGAAGCAAAGCUGAGAAUGGGGAGAUCCUGAAACCCAAUGCCAAGACUUUCACACAAACCUCCAGGAAAACUGUAUCAACUUUUCUGGAUUUCUUUGAAGGCAAAAGACGACUCCUGCUGAUCACGACUCCCAAGGCUGACAGCACCAUGUACGUUCAACAGAGAGAUGAAUACCUGGAGAGCUUUUGCAAAAUGGCAACUAGAAAGAUCUCAGUCGUCACCAUCUUUGGCACUAUGAACAACAGCCGCAUGAAGAUCGACCACUUCCAGCUAGACAAUGAAAAGCCUAUGAAGGUGAUAGAAGAUGAAGACCUAGUGGACCAGUAUCUCAUCAAUGAGCUGAGAAGAGAAUAUGGAAUGACCUACAAUGACUUCUUCAUGGUUCUAACAGACACAGACAUGAGGGCCAAGCAAUACUAUGAAGUGCCCAUAGCAAUGAAGUCAGUGUUUGAUUUGGUAGAUACUUUCCAGUCACGUAUCAAAGAAAUGGAAAAGCAGAAACGUGAAGGCAUUGUGUGCAAAGAUGACAAGAAACAAUCCCUGGAAAACUUCUUGUCCAGAUUCCGAUGGAGGAGGAGGCUCCUAGUGAUAUCUGCUCCCAGUGACGAAGACUGGGCCUUCUCACAGCAACUUUCUGCUCUUGUGGGACAAGCUUGUAAUUUUGGUCUGCGUCACAUCACCAUCCUGAAGCUUUUAGGCCUUGGAGACGAGAUUGGUGGACUACUGGAGUUGUACCCAAUUAAUGGGAGCUCUAGUGUGGAUAGAGAAGAUCUCCCUGCUCAUUUGGUAAAAGACAUCCGCAAUUAUUUCCAGAUCAGCCCUGAAUAUUUCUCCAUGCUUUUGGUUGGAAAAGAUGGAAAUGUCAAAUCCUGGUACCCGUCUCCGAUGUGGUCCAUGGUGAUUGUUUAUGAUCUGAUUGACUCUAUGCAGCUUCGACGACAGGAGAUGGCCAUUCAGCAGUCACUUGGAAUGCGCUGCCCAGAAGAUGAAUAUGCAGGGUAUGGAUACCAUGGUUAUCACCAAGGGUACCAAGAAGGUUACCAAGAUGACUAUCGUCACCAUGAAGGUUACCAUCAUGGAUACCCCUAUUGAAAAAACAGCUUGACCAUGACUUGUUUGCAUCUUAAUAGUUGUUCAACACACAAGGGACCACAUGUCCAAAUCCUUUCACAGCAGCCUAAAUGUGUUUCUUUCUUCCUGUGUUCAUCAAGGACUACAUGAGUAUUGGACUUUGGCUUUCUCUAUAACACGCAUGUCCAUGAAGUGAAAUAGGUCAGACUAGUAUCACUGAUGCCUUAUGGACUCCUCUGUAUUUUGAAGCCCUUGUAAUUUGAGGGUAUUUCCUGGUGCUAUGUAUGUAUACUUCACCCCCUGGCCCACUCCAGCUGUGGACGUUGUACUGUAGGCAGGAUACAAACUGUAUGGUAGACAUAUACCAUUUUUCUCUCCCAAGGGGGAAAAUAUUUAUUGGAAAGUAUGAGUUUUUGCUGAAGAGGAGCAGCAGAUCAAGUUACAAAACAUUUUUUGAGGAACAACUAUGGAACAGAUCUUUUUAGAAAAAUGAAUGCUAAAGGAUUUGUCUAAAAAGACUUUUAUAAUAAACCAGCUUUGUAGUCUGCUGGUUUAACCUGUCUGUUUCCAGUAUGAAAAGUUAAAACUGCUAAAGGCUUGAAAGAAUUCUGAAAACAAAAUUCUUACUGCAAGCAUUGCAUCAUGUUGUUGUGGGAUCUUCUCUUGCAGAUUCCACCCCCCCCCUCUUUGUUGGCAGGAGAGCAUUUAGCUCAAGGAACUAAAUAGGCAGGGCUAUUCCUCCUCCUUGAUCCCCAAACAUUUUCCUGCCUUAGUAAAAGAGUCAUUAAAAGGAGCUCAGCAAUGCACACAAUAACACACUAAACAUUUUGAAAAGGGAAAUGUAUAUUAGUGAGAAAAGAAAGGCCCAGCCUCAGCAUAGAUAUAUCAUCAGACCCAGUAUUUCAAGUGCUGUGGGGCAGAAACUGUAAAAAUCAGUACCUUCUAGGAAAAUGUCUCCUUAUACCAGUUGUAGCAAGAUUGGUUUCUUUGUCUAGUCUUAGGAUUUGUGCUUUACAACAGUUCAGCCCUGCAUCAUGCAAAGGAGUUAGUCUUGCCCUCUUUCAACCUAGUCUAUCCUCUGCUAAGGGAAGGUGGUACUUGAGCCCCUCAGUUUCAUAUACACAGGACCUAUCCCAUCAAUCCACAGCUCUCUUCUUGACCUUCACGCACAUCAUCCCUGGGAAGUGAGACCUCCUAGAACAACAUGGAUUAGAGCAUGGAUUACACUAGCCAACUCCUUAAUUCCAGAAAAAAUAGCCCACUCCACCAGAACUCCCACUGCCUGGGAAGUCAGAGAAAAUAUACCUCUGGUGGAAUUCCUUGAGGUGGUCACAUGUCGGUCUGCCAACUCCAGUUCUGGGAAAUUCCUGGAGAUUUGGAGGCAGUUUAGGUAGGGGAGGGAGCUCAUUGGUGAUGUGAUGCCAUAGAACCUGCCCAUCAAAGCUGCCAUUGCUUGAAGGGGAACUCAACUUUGUAGUCUGGAAAUCAGUUGCAAUUUUGGGAGGAGACCAGGCCCACCUGGAGGUUGGCAACCCAGGUCAUCUGGGACAACUUUUAAUUUAACUUAACUGGUGUCUGUGGCUUUAUGGUGACCAGUUUAUUGAAUUUACACUGUCAGCUUUUACAUAUAUUUUUAACUGAGCUAUCUGAGUUUUUUUAUUGUUUUGUAAACCACCUUGGGUUUGCUUGAGUGAAGAAUGAUGGCAUAGAAGUAUUUUAAUAAAAUUUAAUAAUAAAUUCCUUCAUGAACCCCUA